AUGCAUAUAAUAAAAUUUCCUCUUGACAAAGCGCGUCUGCUACCAAUUUUUACAAAAAAAUUUGUUACCUUACCAAUACCUAAUACUCGACCAAAAACACCCAAAAUUUUGUCUAAUCGUCAGAAGUUUCGACAAAUAUCACCAUCUCAUGAAACGUUACGUGAAAUUGAGGCACUUAACUUAGGAAAACCUCGAAAUUGUAUAGGGAAUCAAUUUGGAAAAAAAGUAAGUAUUAUUGGAAAGAAAAGAUUAGAACGUAAACUUGGAGAUUUGACAUCUGAACGAGAGGAACAAUUAGAGUUACCUCAUUUAUCAUUUUUUGCGGGUGCCAAAGUUCCAACGUCUUUUCCACCCGAGAGGGUUCAAGAAUUAUGUUUUGUUGGACGAUCUAAUGUUGGUAAAUCAUCUUUAAUCAAUGCAUUGGCUGAUACAACAGUAGUUAGAACGUCUGAAAAACCAGGAUUAACGCAGCAAAUCAAUUUUUACGCUGCUGGUAAUAUGUUUAAUAUGGUUGAUAUGCCUGGUUAUGGAUUUGCUUAUGCAAAAGAUGAAGAAAGGAUCAAAUGGAAAGAAUUGCUAACUCGAUAUAUACAACGAACCAGAAAGAAUGUGGAAUUUCAGAUAAUCUUAACUAAAUGUGACCUAGUGAUCACACCAGAUCUUGCACGUCAACAUACUCUUGUUAAAGAGCAACUUCAAGCUUAUAGAAAUGCUAUCCCUCAGCCUAUGAUGGUAUCUGCCCGAAGGAAAUCUGGGAUCUACAAAUUAAGACAACUGAUACUAACUAUAGUAGGAGGAUUGGAGAGAGCAAGAGAGGUCGUAAAUAAAAAAAGGGCGCAAAGAAUAACAGAUAUUACAAAUAAAUCCAAAAAGCCAUUAAAUAAGAUUUCAAAAAUGGUUACAAAUAGAAAAACGCCAAGAUAUUACUAUGAAAUGAGAAAACGUGAAAAAAAGUCCUCGAAGAAGAAAUAA